UACCCUUGAAAACGAAACACCCACCAGGCCCCCUACAAUCCCUCGCCAUCAACAAUAAUAAUCCAAGCUUAGCUAUCUAUGUACCCUCUACCUGCUCUUUCCCACGCACAUGCAUACACACUCUCUCUCUUUCUUUCUAGCCAAACAAUCUUCUUCAACCCUCCAAAACCCAAUAAUUAAUAUUGCCUGAUCACUUGCCAUUUUUCUGAGCCUGACUCUCUCUCUCUCUCUCUCUCUAGCUCUCUCUGAUCUCCCCCUUCCGGCAUGGGCAACUGUUGCCCUCAAGGCAAGGGAAAUGAUGCUCCUUCCACGACCGGAAAGGAAGAACUCAACUCCAAAAACAGCGAGGACGUUCAUCCAUACAAUAUUAGCAAUGACAAUGGCAACGUAACACCCAGCGGAAACUCCGGUACUAGCAACGCUAAGCCUGCUGCUCCGAAGCCUGUCCAUGUAGGCGCCGUGUUGGGCCGCCCAAUGGAAGACGUCCGGUCGACAUACUCGAUCGGAAAAGAGCUUGGACGGGGACAGUUCGGGGUCACCCAUCUGUGUACACACAAGGUGACGGGCGAGCAGUUCGCGUGCAAAACCAUAGCCAAGCGAAAGCUGGCGAACAAGGAGGACAUCGAGGACGUCAGGAGGGAGGUUCAGAUCAUGCACCACUUGACGGGUCAGCCCAAUAUCGUCGAGCUCAAGGGUGCUUACGAAGAUAAGCACUCGGUGCAUUUGGUUAUGGAGUUGUGCGCAGGAGGAGAACUUUUUGACCGUAUUAUUGCCAAGGGGCAUUAUACUGAGCGCGCUGCGGCGUCCUUGCUGAGGACAAUCGUUCAGAUCGUCCACACAUGCCAUUCCAUGGGAGUCAUUCACAGGGAUCUCAAGCCCGAGAAUUUCCUCCUGCUCAACAAGGAUGAGAAAUCGCCACUCAAGGCUACGGAUUUUGGCCUUUCCGUUUUCUACAAACAAGGGGAAGUAUUUAAAGAUAUUGUUGGUAGCGCAUACUACAUUGCACCUGAAGUCUUGAGGAGGAGAUAUGGACCAGAAGUGGAUAUUUGGAGUGUUGGGGUCAUGCUGUAUAUUCUUCUAUGUGGUGUUCCUCCCUUUUGGGCCGAGGCAGAACAGGGUAUAUUCAAUGCAAUUUUACGAGGCCACAUUGACUUUACAAGUGAUCCAUGGCCCUCCAUUUCACCUGCAGCAAAAGAUCUUGUCAGGAAGAUGUUGAAUUUGGACCCUAAGCAGAGGCUGACUGCCUUCCAAGUUCUCAAUCAUCCAUGGAUUAAGGAAGAUGGAGAAGCACCUGAUACUCCUCUUGACAACGCAGUGCUGAGUAGGCUCAAACAGUUUAGAGCUAUGAAUAAGUUCAAGAAAGUUGCUCUUCGGGUUAUCGCUGGAUGUUUAUCAGAGGAAGAAAUCAGGGGAUUGAAAGAGAUGUUCAAGGGCAUGGAUACUGACAACAGUGGAACAAUAACACUUGAAGAACUGAAGCAAGGACUCUCUAAGCAAGGGACAAAACUAUCUGAAUAUGAGGUCAAACAAUUAAUGGAAGCAGCUGAUGCUGAUGGAAAUGGAACUAUAGACUACGAUGAGUUCAUCACAGCAACAAUGCACAUGAACCGGAUGGAUAGAGAAGAGCAUCUUUACACUGCCUUCCAAUAUUUUGACAAGGAUAAUAGCGGGUACAUUACGACCGAAGAGCUAGAGCAAGCUCUCCAUGAAUUUGGCAUGCAUGAUGGAAGGGACAUGAAGGAAAUCGUUUCUGAAGUUGACGCUGAUAACGAUGGCCGGAUCAACUACGAUGAAUUUGUGGCAAUGAUGAGAAAAGGAAACCCAGAAGCAAACCCCAAGAAGCGACGUGAUGUCAAUCUUUGAUUAUAUAUAGUGGUGCAUGCAUGGUGGGCAAAAAGUUUAGAAAGAAAA